AUGCAGAGAGCUCGGCGGCGUGUUCCCUAUUCACUGGGACCAGAUCCAUUGGAAAAGGAUAAGUCCGACUUGAAAACAAGGUUGACCCACGAGGAGAAUGAAACACUAACACAGGACAUGCAAAAGCUCUAUGAAGAACUACAACCCACCGCCGAGAGUGAAGGGCGUCGGUCAAGGUUCAUUGAGAAACUUGACCAGAUACUUCGUGGAAGGUGGCCGACAUCAUCAAUCAAAGUCAAUGUCUUUGGCUCAACAGGGAACAACCUAGGCACGUCGGAUUCCGAUGUUGAUAUCUGCAUCACCACUGAUUGCAAGGAGAUGGAGCGAGUUUGCAACAUCGCAGACCUCCUGGCAAAACAUGGGAUGGAAAGAGUCGUGUGUGUCUCUUCCGCGAAGGUGCCAAUCGUCAAGAUCUGGGAUCCUGAGUUACACGUCGCUUGCGACAUCAAUGUCAACAACCCCCUGGCUUUGGAGAAUACGCAAUUAGUCCGGACCUAUGUCAGCAUCGACAGCCGAGUGAGGCCAUUGGCCAUGAUCAUCAAAUACUGGGCGAAGCGAAGGAUGUUGAAUGACGCUGCCCUUGGAGGCACACUUAGCUCGUAUACGUGGAUAUGUCUGGCCUUGAAUUUUCUGCAAACAAGAGACCCUCCAAUCUUGCCUACUUUGCAACAACAGCCUAAUUUGCAACCGAAAGAGGUGGCUGGAGUGAACGUUUCGUUCGAUCGCAAUGUGGACGCUCAUAAAGAUUUUGGCAGUCGCAAUCAGUCCUCCUUGGGAGAAUUGUUGUUCCACUUCUUCCGUUAUUACGGGCACGAGCUCGACUUUGAGCAAAGCGUGGUAUCGGUGCGGCUAGGUCGAGUACUUUCCAAGGUUGAGAAGUCGUGGCACCUUCUCCAGGACAAUCGUCUUUGUGUCGAGGAACCUUUCAACGUAUCAAGAAACCUGGCCAACACUGCAGACGAUACCUCGAUGCGAGGGAUCCACCUGGAAUUACGGCGGGCGUUUGAGCUGUUGGGAGAGGGGAAACUGACAGAAUGCUGCGAACAGUUUGUGCAUCCUCCCGAUGAGAUCAAGCCCUCUGAACACUUUGUGCCACCCUCAGCGCGGCCCGUGAUCCCGCAGCCUCCGAACCCACCGUCACGAGGAGCUCGUAAUGCGUCUCGAGGUGGCGGCAGGAAUCUUGGUCAAAUGGGUCGCAAUCCUCGGCGGUCGUCAAAUCCCACUGCACGAAAUCCCAACUACUUGCGCAAUCCCCCGUUUCAGAUGAACACCCAUGAGCUGCAGCUUCAACAACAGCACCAGCAACAUCUCCUGCACGACCAGCUCUUCCAACAAUACCAAUACCUUCAGCUUCAGGAGCAGGAGCUUAGGAUGCAGCUCUAUCAACAGAAUCUUCGGCAAAGAGGUCUAAUGGCGGCUUAUAGUCAAUCUGCGGGAUAUGGUCAAUUUGUCCCGGAUGAUGGUCUUGAUCUUGGAUCCAACCCACAGGUCAACGGCAUUGGCCGAGCUCCCAUGUCAGCACCCCUGUAUCAACACGGCUUUCCUCGAUCGCCGUAUCUCUCUGCAAGCCAACCAAGCCAGGGUGUAGCAACAAACCCUCCGUCACCGAGACUAAAUUCGGGGAUUCCAGACACUCGAAGGUAUUCACGGCGAACAUCGGUUACGCAAUCAUCUACAGGAGGUUCCUUGCGAGCGCAGUCACAGCCUGCACGCGCGGUGCCACUCACUUCUCUAGGACAUUUGCAACGACCGGAUAUUGCAAGCCUUCAGGAUCCGUCGAUCGGACGGAGGUCGUCCUCAUCGUCGACGUCUCAAGAACCGUACAUGGGUUACAUGGAGAAUGGCUAUGGUAUGACUGGAUCAAUUUAUGAUGCAGUACGGAGGCCAGCUGAGUAUCUCGGAUAUUAUGUCGGCCAAUCGCCGUCAUUAUCUGCUUAUACUCAGAGCACCGCAAUCUCUCCCAUCCCUUCACACGUUGGCCUUGCUAUUCAGAACGGGGGUCUAUCUCCUCGACUUGCUCCAGCAUCGACCCGACCGUCUGGGACGAUGCACACCCCGCCACUUCAAACGAUCUCUACUGCCUCGGUGGAAGUGCAAGCCGAAGCAGAGCAGGAGCCGAGGAAUGUGGAUGGCUCCAUCAAUUCACCGCUCCGAAGGCGUACCACCCACUCAUUCAAUGACCCUGAAGAUCAUAUCAAUUUCAGCGCAUCCACGUCCGAAGACCUGGCAUUUGACACGCCAUCAAGCUCAGACGAACAAUCUCAAGACGCUUUCGACUGCAAUGCACACGGGAAGACUUCUCCCAUCAGCCCCAGUGGGCCUCGAAAUCACGUCCAGCAUUCAACCAAUGCUGCUCCAGAUUUUGUGAAUGGCUAUUUACCCUUGAGAGCUAUGGCAAAGAGUCCAAAGGAGGGAUUGCAGGACCAAGUGGCCGGUGUAGGGGAAUCGGUGGGGAUGAGUGUCCUCACUACGAUGAAAGCGGUCGGCCCAGCCUGGUCUCUUGAUCGGCAACUCUCCUCUGUGGAGGAAGUCCGCACGCCGUCCCCAAGAGUUGAGAAAUUUGACGGGGAGAGCUCUUUACCAAAGGAUAUUAAGGGUCAUCCCAGCCAGAAUGGGCCCUCAUCCGAUGGGCAGACAAUUUUGGUGAAUGGUGAGCAUCGUGAUGCGACCAGACCCCUAGCAUCCAGAACCAACGGGACUUCAGGAUCUUCAAACCACGGAUCCAGUCACGUCAAUUCUGUUCCGAAUGCCGGUGGACCAAGCGGCUGGCAAACCCAGAAGAAGAAAAAGAAUAAAAGAAAGACGGUCAAAUCGGAGAAUGAUGCUCAGACGUCGAAUCCUUCUGUAGGAGAAACCCUCCCUGCCGACGAGUCCUUACGGAAAGGCGGCUAG